CUGCUCAUGGCGAUCGAAAGGGACGAUCUCCAGAUUGUCCGCAUGCUGCUAAAAGCUGGUGCAGAUCCAAACGGUCCAAGUGGAUCAUGGGGUUCGCUGCUAAAUGCUGCCCUUUAUAAAGGGCAGCUUGCAAUCAUCAAGGCUCUCGUCGACAGUGGCGCGAAUACACGUAUCAUCACGCGUUCGUUUGGAGGCCCGCUUCAUAUUUUGAACUUCUCCGAGGCAUUCGCCAGCGACGACUCCGGCUUAUCGCAAAUUCGUCAGAUCGCGCAUCUUCUACUCGGAAAUGGGGCACAGCUAGAUGCCCGCGAUCAUGGCGGUGGCACACCCAUUAUGCGCGCUAUAUUCCACGGCAAUAUGCCAUAUGCGGAGCUUCUCCUCGAGCUUGGUGCAGACGUGAACACACGAGACGAGCUUGGA